AAUUACUGAAAACAAUGAAACAAUCAUAGAGUAUUUAAGAACAGGUCAAUGUUGAUGGGGAUUGUGUGGUACUAAUCCUCCAUGAAUAUGUCCGGGCUGAUGGUGGUGGUGUGUUUUGUCAUCUCACAGUAACUCUCCACCGCCAUUUGUGUUUGGUUCGUGCGUUUUUCCGGGGGAUUAGGUGCAUAUCAGUGAUAUAAUGCGAUAAUAGAGGGUGUGUUACGUUCAGCGAUGCAGGAUACUCUUAAAUGUGCCCUAACUGAGUCUAUUUUUUAAGUUUUCUCUCGAAGUCAAAAAAUGGCUCAUUCUGUGAACUGUAGUUUGGAUGACAUCGACCUCAAUGCAUUAAAGGAUCCUGCUGGUAUAUUUGAUCUAAUAGAAGUUGUUGGCAAUGGCACUUACGGUCAAGUGUAUAAGGGUCGGCACACCAAGACCGGUCAGCUGGCUGCCAUCAAAGUUAUGGAUGUUACGGAGGAUGAAGAAGAAGAAAUUAAACUGGAAAUUAAUGUCCUGAAAAAGUUUUCCCAUCAUCGGAACAUUGCCACUUAUUAUGGUGCCUUCAUCAAGAAGUCCCCUCCUGGGAAAGAUGAUCAACUGUGGCUCGUUAUGGAGUACUGUGGUGCUGGCUCUGUCACAGAUCUUGUCAAAUCCACCAAAGGACAAAGUCUAAAAGAAGAAUGGAUAGCCUACAUUUCUAGAGAAAUUUUACGAGGCUUGGCCCAUCUGCACUCCAGUAAAGUCAUCCACAGAGAUAUCAAAGGCCAGAAUGUCCUCCUCACUGAUAACGCUGAAGUCAAGUUAGUUGACUUUGGUGUCAGUGCUCAGCUUGACCGUACUAUAGGGAGGAGGAACACCUUUAUUGGUACGCCAUACUGGAUGGCUCCAGAAGUUAUUGCUUGUGAUGAAAAUCCAGAGGCUACGUAUGACAACCGUAGUGACUUAUGGAGUUUAGGUAUCACAGCGCUAGAAAUGGCUGAAUCACAACCCCCUCUGUGUGAUAUGCAUCCAAUGCGCGCUCUGUUCUUGAUCCCAAGGAAUCCACCUCCACGCCUUAAGAAUAGCAAGAAAUGGAGUAAAAAAUUUCAUUCCUUUAUUGAUAGUGUCUUAGUCAAGGACUACCAUCAGAGAACUUACACUGAUCAGUUACUAAAACAUCCAUUUAUACGGGACCAACCAACUGAACGGCAAGUGCGUAUCCAACUCAAAGAUCACAUAGACAGAUGCAAGAAACAUAAGCAGAAAGAAGACAGAGAAGAAACAUUUAAUUACAGUGGGUCUGAUAAUGAAGAUGAGGAAACAACACAACCUGGUGAACCCUCUUCAAUCAUUCAAGCACCAGCAGGGAAUACCUUGAGACGGAAUUUCCAACAAAUACAGGAGCAUCAAAGAAAUGGUGGAAAGAAAGAGAAAGAGGAGAUUCCUGAUCCGGGACCUCCAGCCAGACCUGCAUUACCACAAAGGUUACUUGGCCAAGAGCCUGCGCCUCCUCAAAGGCCUCUUCCACCACCACCUCAGGCAGAGAUCACCACCAAGCUGCAGCACACAAAACCAGCAACACCUCCGCAACACCAUCCAAGGGACCAUCGGGAACAUCGUGAACACCGUGAACACAGGGAACACAGAGAACAGAGGGACCAGCGCAACUCUCAGAUAGGGAAGCAGCAACAACCAGCGCAGCCACAAGCAAGAAAACCUGAGCCCUACCUCGCUCGAAGGUUAGAGGACUUGGACAUGCUUGCUCAGCACUUGAAUGAGCUUGGAGCUGUAUCGGGUCAAAAUGCAAAUGACAGAGAAAGGGAAAGAAAUGAACGUAGUGAACGCGAGAGGAACGAAAGAGAAAGAGAAAAAGAAAGAUCAGAGAGAGAUCGGGAAAGAGAGAGGGAAAGAGAACGGGAACGGGAAAGAGAACGGGAAAGAGAACGAGAAAGAGAACGUCGUGAGCAGGAUAGAAGUCGACAAAAUGGGGGGAGCAGCAAACAUGACUCGCCGGCACCUGUUGUGGAAGAUGACUCAAGUGAUGAAGAGGAGGAAGGUCGUGUCAGAUAUGAUGGAACCCUUCUCGCCUCAGAUCCACCAAAGCCACUGUUCGACUAUUCCACUUUCAGACCGCCCGAAGGUGCCCUACCACACACUGCUCUACAGGGACCCCCUCCAAAUCGACCUCUCCCGCCUACCCCUGAUGAUGAUGAAUCUGGAGAUCGCACCCUCAUCAGGCGAACGCAACAGUUGGAUGCAGAUCAGCUUGCUCAUGUGGAUAACCUGGUUAACCAUGACAUUCGUCAGAGUCCGCAGAAAAAUGAAAACUUUUUUGGAAGGAGUAGUGUCAUUAGUAACAGAGGAACUGAUGAUGAUCCAAGAAUGUUUUACAAUCAAGAACGUUUUAGAUCUGAUAGAGACUCUGUAAAUGGUAGUGAUGGUAGACUACAGGAAUACAAACCAACCCACCGUAAUUCACAGCAGCUUGGCCGUCAGUCCAGUGAUGGUGAUUCAAGCCAGAGAGCUCAUCGUAGAAAUGAGUCGGAUUCGAGACUUGGGCUUUUGAGAAGGCAGCAUACGGAUGUUGCCGUUUCUCGAAGAUCUGAUGUAUAUCGUAACAGUAAAGUUGAAUUAUCUUUUCCUUCUUGUCGUUCUGAGGUGACAAGUGUUGCUGGUGAACCUGUUCUGACAGAUUUUAUGGCUGUAAAAGGAAGUGAGCAUCAACGUGCAUAUGCGGAUAGUGUCCCCAGUGAGUUACGAAGACAGGUUUCACUAGAUGGGGAUCUCCAUGCAGUUAGUUCUUCCCCCUCUUCAAGUAGGGAACCUGCAAGGCAUGAAUGGCCCCAGCGUAGGGAAAAAUCAGACGUGGAUUUACGUCGAGCAGAGCUACGUAAUGAAUUGGAGAAAUGGCGCGUUGCUCCCCAGGAGGGAUGUGGAAGAGAAAGUCAUGGCCUGCAACAGCACGGACCAGCCCAGCAGGACCGAACUCGUGGUGCAGAGCCCUCUUCCGGAACGAGCACCCCUGGUUCACGCACAUCCUCUGUUCUUCCUGAUCUCUUACCUCAGGCCACCAACAGCCCCAAUGGAUCCAGACAUGAUAAAUCAACCAGUGAAGAGUAUCGCCAAGCAGUUAGUAAAGGUACUCCUCCUCAACUUCAGAAAAAGCAGCUCUCAUUCAUGGCCUUUGGAUUUGGUGCUGGUGGAACGGAGCCUGCACGGCGUGAAUCCCACAUUAAUAUCAAUGUGGCUCCAACCUCGCAUGAUGUAAAUGACACCCCUGAGAUAAGGAAGUACAAGAAGAGAUUCAAUUCAGAAAUACUCUGUGCCUCAUUAUGGGGUGUUAACCUACUUAUUGGCACAGAAAAUGGUCUUAUGCUUCUUGAUCGAUCUGGAGUAGGAAAAGUUUAUCAGUUGAUUUCUAGAAGAAGGUUUCAACAAAUGGAAGUCCUUUCAGAUCAGAAUAUAUUAGUCACUAUAUCUGGGAAAAAGAAUAGAGUUCGUGUUUAUUAUCUCUCGUGGUUGAAAUCCAAGAUUCUUCGUACAGAUGCUCAACAAGUAGAAAGGCGUAAUGGCUGGAUCAAUGUGGGUGAUUUGCAUGGUGCAGUCCAUUUCAAGAUAGUCAAAUAUGAGCGCAUCAAGUUUUUAGUUAUUGCUCUACGUGACUCAAUUGAAAUCUAUGCGUGGGCACCAAAGCCAUACCAUAAGUUCAUGGCAUUUAAGAGUUUUGGUGACUUAGUACAGAAACCUUGUUUAGUGGACCUAACUGUAGAGGAAGGUUCACGUUUGAAAGUGGUCUAUGGUUCCACUCAGGGUUUCCACGCAGUAGAUGUUGACUCUGGUCAGGUUUAUGACAUUUAUCUUCCAAAACAUAUCCAGGGUAAUAUUACACCACACACUAUAGUAACGCUACCUAAUAGUAAUGGUCUUCAGUUACUUAUUUGUUACGACAAUGAAGGUGUAUAUGUAAAUACUUAUGGAAGGGUGACAAAGAACAUGAUGCUACAAUGGGGAGAAAUGCCUACAUCUGUAGCAUUCAUUGGCACUGGUCAGAUCAUGGGCUGGGGUAAUAAAGCCAUUGAAAUUCGUUCUGUAGAAACUGGUCACUUAGAUGGAGUUUUUAUGCACAAGAAGGCACAGAAGCUGAAAUUUCUCUGUGAGCGUAAUGAUAAGGUGUUCUUCUCGUCAGCAAAAGGGGGAUCUUCGUGCCAAAUAUACUUCAUGACGCUCAACAAACCGGGUAUGGCAAACUGGUAGGCUUGAUAAUGUGCCAGUGUCAUUAUACUUCAUUGCUAUGUUCUAUCACCAAAGGAGAGUCUUCCUAAGGAACAACUGCCAUUGUCACAUUAUUAAAAAAAUUCCAGCAAGCAAAUAAGGACGCAGGUGCUCAACUGUUUUCAAGUUCCAUGACGACAUAUUUGAAGUGUAAUAAGUCACUAUGAGAAAUGGACACAUUCCUAUUUGCUACAAAUCUAUGUAGUUAACCAUGGGAGAAGCACUUCUUGACUUAUUGCCAUAGAAUAAAUAGCCAUGUCGAAGCUCUUGAUUUUGAGUCCAAAUCUCUGAUGAGUACUACUCCUUGGUCAGUGGUGGGGGUGUUUAGGACUUCAGUAGUUCAUGAUAUGGCUCUACAAGUGUUUUUAAGUUGCUGAAACUAUACACAUAUAUAUUUAUAUAUAUCAGUGGUGAUACAUAAAAGUUGAUCAAAUUGAAACAAAUGAUCAGAUUGGCAGAAAAUAUUUUUUACAAUUAAUUUGUUGCAAGGCCGUGAAAAUGUCGCUGUUUGAUGUUUUACCAAUGUUCUACACCAUGAGCAUUUACACAAAAUUGGUGUUCUAUUAUACAGAAAUGUAACCACAACAAGUGCAUUGAUAACCAGAGAAUUUUUAUUUUUACACACGAGAAAUUACUGUACCCCAUAUUAUGUUUGAGGGUUGACUGCAGGAGAUUGGAACAAAAUCCAAAGUACAGAAAAAGUCAUAGAAGCAAAGUUGUCAUACUUGAAACUCCACUCAUGGCUGCAAGUUAAAUGUGAUGCCCAUAUUUUUGCAGGUUGGGUUCUUCUUCCCUGAACCUAACAAUUAAAAUAAUUGCUUUUUGGGAACUACUGUAGUACUAAGAGAAAAUUAUUCAUAAUUUGCUCAAUUGGCAUCCUACAUGAAAACAGAAUAACAGGGUUAACUCAUAUAUAUUCAAACUUAUUAUUUGUGUUAAGUGCUCUUCUCUCAUGUUUUGCCACUUAAAAAAUUGCAUUGGUCAUAAAUUGCUUAAUAUUUUCACUCCUGGCAACUAAGGUGGUAAUAGUCAGUAUUGUAAAAUAUUCAUGUCUGCUUCUGUAUUAUAAUUUUUUAUUUAAUCAUUGCCACUUUGUUACAGUUUCAGAAAAUGAGUCUUUUAAGUUUACCUAUAAGUUGGUUUGCAGUUUUAAAUAUUUGUGUACUCAUUUUAUGUGGUAUUGUAAAAUGCAGGACUAGAGCAUGUCUUCACAAUCUACUUGUUUCAGUAUUUUGACUUGUUUUUGUUUUUUCAUACUAGUAAAAGAAAGGGAUAUUUCACAUUCAGCUGGUAUGAAUGGAAAGUUUCGUGCACAUUGUUUCCCCAGAAAGUUAGGGUUUGUUUAUAAUUUACUCAGCCAACAGAUGUUUUGCAAAGCACUUUAUAUUUGAGAAUGUGACAACUACUGCUGUAGGAACAACCAAAAGCCAAAAGCUUUUAUCUUUCCCUUUCCUCUAACACCAUUUAUACACAGAUCUCGUGUAUACCCUACCAGUUGCAGCUGUACUUUUUUAGGCUACAUUUCCUUAAAAUUUGUCCCACACUCUUUUAUUGAAUUUUUCUGGGUCUUGAUAAAUUUUGCUUUGUAUUAUUUGUUAAAAGAAGGUGGUUACAUAGGUAAUUCCACGUUUAAUGCCAUCAACCCUGCCUUUAUUUCCUUUGGUUGUAUUAAUCUGAAUAGAUAAGGAAAGGACUGUAAUAUCAUAGUUAAUUCUACUUUGCUGGUAUUCUUCACACUCCCACUUUUUUUACUAAUUGACAGUUGGUAUAGUUAAUAUGCUCUUUUUCUCAACAGCAUUUAAAGCUUAAAGUUGUACUAUUGUGCUUCUAAAUUUUCUCUUAUGUAGUGAAUUUACACUACUGUGAUUUAACUAGCCAUUAGAUUACUUUUUGACCUUUUAAGUCUUAGUCAACCUGUUUGGUUAGAUACUCAUAUUUCAUUAGGUACUGCAUUUCUGUUUUCCUGGGGGGUAUAUGAUAUAGCUGAUGCUCGUAAUGUUCUAGUCCUAAGUUAACUACAACUCUGUUCAGACUUAACAUUUGCAAUUAUUCAUUAUUAAGGAACUUCAUUUUUCAAGUGAUGAUAGAGAGUUACUGCUUUGUUUCCAAGCAUUUGGUGUUGUAAAGUCAUCACAGUUUUAAUGGUGCAGUUUUUCAGACUUCAGAUGGGUGCUGAUUGUAUUGCUGUAAUCAAGUACAGUCCAAGGUUUCAAUAAUACCCGGCAUGCUGGUCAUGCUUUUAACUUGCAGGCUUUCUGGUUUUUUCCAACCUAUGAAAAGUGGAGUAGUUUCGUUUAUAACAUUUUAUCAUCAGUUCAGUUUUGCACAAGGAUAACAAAAUUAUACAGUUUGCAAAUGUAUGAGUCUUAGUUUUUAGCAUAAUUUCUUCACAUCUGCAGUGUUUUAUUUUUCUUGACUUUCUAUUUACUUUGCUAUUUUACACCCCCAAGCUAUUGGUGAAUUUACUUUUAAGCAGCUAACUUGCAUUUGCUCUCUACGUAACUUUUUCUGCAGAGUUUCAUGAACCGAAGGUAAUUGCAGGUGUAGAAAGGUACUCUUUUUGAGUUUCCAAACUUGGUAAUCUUACAGACUUGGUAAUCUUACAUAGAAGUCUGGAAAAUUUUCCACAUUAGUAGGUCUCAGAUUUUGUUUCAACAUUAUUAUUUUUGUGUGUGCUUCCAGUGCAGAAUGAAUUAAGUCUGUUAUUCUCUUUAUGAUCUACUGUUAAGAGUUUUAGUAACAGACAAGCAAAGCAGGAGAGGUAUAAGAACAAAUUAUGGUAAUCUUUGGUUUUGGGCUGCAAGUGAUUUAUGUAGCAUGUUGUCCAGUGGAACAAGGAUAAUUCACUACUACUGUAUUAAGAUUAUAAGUUUAAUUUUUGUAUUUUUCAACCAUGAAUAUUGGCCAAAUUUAAGCAGCAGUAGGUUGUGCCACCUGCUACAGAAUGCGGCAAUUGCUUCCGUAAUGAAAUAAAUUACAGGUUUUAGUCUUCAUAAUUGCUUUUUAUAAAGCUACUUUAUUCAUCUCUGAUAGAUCUGUAAAUACUGCAGAAAAAGGCAGAAAUUGUACAAGAGAUUGUACAGACAAUAUAUAUAUAUGGAUAGGUAAUUUUUUAUUUAUAACAGAAAUUUAUUCAAAUCAACAUUUUAUUUGGUAUGUUUUAAGAAAAUCUAGGUAACUUCACUAUAACUAUACAUUAUCGUUACCAUGUGCCAGUGAAACCUGUGUAUUGUGAUUUCGGGAAUUUUACUAAGUACUGCUUACUUGGAAAAUUCCCGUCAGUGUUGGUAAUAUAUAUUGCAGCAUCUAAUGUCAAUAAAAAUAAUGACCAUUUGCAGUUUUUCCUUCUAUCAGUCUUACAAUUGGCUCAACAGCUGCUUAGCCACACCAGAAAGUUUAUCACACCUCUGCAAAAGGGUCGUAAUGUUUCCAAUCUGAAUUAUUUUUUUAACUAUGAGUGGGAAGUUAUUGCCAUAUUUUUUGGAGACUAGUUAAUAGUAAAAGUUUGGUUUGGUAUCCUUGACACAUGGUAAUGGUUUGGUAUCAUCGUGUUUUGUUUUUCUUUUUUGUCACAAAGUGCACUAAAGUAAAUAAAACUUAAAUAAUGAAUUCUCGUAACCUGUAUAUUAGGCAGGACUUUAUUUAAUUAGGCCGCUGAUUAAGUAAUAUCAUCCAAACUGCAUACACCACCCACUCCAGUUAAUGCCAUAUCACCAAACAACUAAAUGCCACCGUUGACUUUUUUUUUAUAUAAAUAUAGCAGUUAAAUAUGGGCCAGUGCCUUUAUAUAGGAAUGAGAAGUUUUGUCUUAUUGUGUCAAGAAUUGAUGAUAGUGUCACCGAAUUGAUACAUCAUUCCAUUUUUUACAUAAUGCAGUUGUCAAUCAUGAUGUCCCAUUCCUAAAUGUAGACUGUGCAAUGUUAAUCUGAGCUUUUAAGUUAAACCAAAGUAUUAAAGGUUUUAGUUAGAAUUCAGAUGUUUUACCAUCUUUUGAUCGUAUGUGUAUUAUGUAAUGGGCUUCAAAUCUGUUUUAUAUGGUGCUUUUCUUAUUUAGUUUUCCUUUUCAAGAAAUUUUCUGUGUUGUUUUAGAGAAGCUUGAGUAAGAUCUGUUCUUUUGAUAUUGUGAUUAUUAUUAGUGCUUGUAAACUAAUUCGCAAGAUAUUUUCUACAGUGUUCAUGUAUUCUGAAUAUUUCCUCAAUGCCAAAGGUAUAUUAGUAGUACCCAAACUUCUCUUUGGCAUCAGUGAAGUGGGAUGUGGUGAUAACAGAGACUUGAUCAUUUCCAUCACCACGCUCACUCUACAACGCUCUCUCCUGAUUCUGGUCCGUCUGAAAUUUUGGUUGCUUUUGCAUUAAGUGCUCGAAAUCCUUUAGUGUACUGUACUACUGUUUUCAUUUCAUGAACAUCCUCACAGUAACUUCAUAUCAAAAAUCAAAAAUACUUCUUAAGAAAAUUGAAGGCUACUUAAAAAAAAAAAAAGUAAAUAUUUUUAGUGUGCUUUUUGAAGGAAUUCAGUGCAGAAGAGGAUGUCAUGACUCAUUUCUUCAGUAUUAAAUUUUGUAAGGACCUUUAUUUCAGAUUAAUACAGUGGACAAUAGUUGUACAGAGAGUAUUUCAGCAGACUUUGCAAUUACACUUGAGUGAAAUCUACACAGGAUGUGUCCCAGCAAGUGUAUACCGUAUUUGUGAGAAGCAGCAACUGUGUAUCCAGCUAUAUUCACAAAUUGUAGUUUGGCUUGUAAAAAGUCAAACAAGAGUGUUUUCUUGCAAAGCAUGAUCUCCCAUGAUUUUUUAUGCUGCUGCAUCAUUGAUAUGAUGUUUGCUGUUCAAGAAAACCCACUAGUAAGAUAAAGGAAGUGCAAACCAAUGAUUGCCACUAUUCUUUCUCUCCUCUCUCAUUCUGUCCUCUUUAUAUCAUUAGCUUAAACAGUCAUUUUAUACUUUAGAAAUAUCAGAGCCUUUGUAUUAUUAUGAGUGUUUAAAGGUAAGUUCUUUUUUAACUUAUACAUCUACUAGCAAGGCACGAUAUGUGCAUUUACUUGGGACUCCUGUGAAUAUAUUGAACCUAUCCUAUUUAAUUUCUUUAUUUUACAAUACUCCCAUGGUAAUUUUGAAGAAAAAAUACUGUAUAUACUUUACAUUAUUUGUAUAACAAUUAUACAGAUCAAAAGGCAUUCAUUACUUUUAAUGGAGCUGAUAGCUGUCAGUUAUAAUAUGCACAUGAAUUUCAAUAAAGAAUUCAUCAGA